UAAUGACGACGAUGACGACAACGAACGACGGCCGCGCUCUUUUUUUGGUCUGUUUUGAUAUUUGACGAGUCAAAAUGGCGUCUACAUCACAGAUGAGAAUCUGCGAGUCCUCGUGGCUGUCCUAGCGAAAUCGUUUCGCAAAGUCGUAUGCGCGUAUAUUGCAUACUCUCUGAGAAUCCGACGUUGAGCUUUUCCUGUAUGGAUUUUGACGGUCAACGCGAUCGUAUAUUCGUGGCGACACAUCACGCUACUCUCGAUCUCGACGCGCGACAAGUAGCGUAUUCGAGUAGUGCGCGAGCAUUCCUUUGCUUCCGCGUGCAGAAUUGUAUUAUUAUUAUUAUUAUAUAAUCGUUAUUUAAAAUCCUGUUAUCCAAACGUUGCUGGCGGAAUUACAUUUGCUCACCUCCGCUGGGAUUUGACUCUUGUAGGAAGUGCUUGAUUGCGCGAGGAAUGCGACCACGAUGCCUGUUAUCCAGUUCACAUGACAUUAUUUCUAUGUGUGGAACUGUGAAUACAUGGAUCAUUGCUCUCUAGAAAGUCGAUAGAAUAAAGGACUAAAGAUUAUCGCACGGAUGACAGUAGAAACAUAAGAUGUUUGAGUCUCCGAGAAGUCUCCAGGAGGUUUGCAUUGAUUUUAUCUGCGGUAACCUUCUUGGCCUGUGCAAGAUUCACCUUAGUGAUAAUACUCAAGUAUUGUCCAAUACUCUGAGUAGUAGUUCUGUCUCUGAUCAACAAGAUAUUUGUACACUAAACAGUAAUAGCACAGAAGUUGCUUUUGAUACUGCAACAGGUAGAACAUCGUCUAACGAUGCUUCCUUCAGCUCACCAACCCGGCUUACCUUUAGACAUCCGGAUGCCUUCUUGCCGGCCGAAAUAUCAGAGCAAUUAUUAUCCAACCUAUGUGAGAAGAACACAUUAUCUGAUUUGACAAUUACACUUUUUGAUUCAAAAACCACUAGAUUGAGGCACGUACGAUUGAAAGAUGCAUCAACAUUGUCAGCUAAAGGUUUAAGUGUUCUUAAGCAGCAUAAGGUUAUAGAUUUAAUAGUAAAUGGUCUGAAAAUCACUGUUAAUGAUUUAAUUAGUUGUUUAGGCGAUUGGAGUAUACAAAAUCUUAGGUCGCUAAGUGUAGCUAAAGGAAGCUUUAUGGAUUUUUCAAGACAACGCAUGGUAGAUAUCGCAACAUUAAAUAAAUUAAAGGCACUUCAUACCUUGAAUGUCUCAGGAACAGAAUUUAAUAAACAUGGCUUGGACAUAGUAGUCGAAGAUCUUCCCCUUUUAGAAAGCUUAGAUAUAUCUUGUACAAGAGUUGACGAUAUAACACCGUUGAAAAAAUGUAAAGAUCGUUUAAGGACAUUAAAUAUGUAUAAUUUAAAAAUAAGUGGAUGUGGAAAUUUAAUACCAGUGUUGCUGGAGCUAAACGAAUUAAGGCAUUUAGAUAUUUCCGAUGAGAAAGAUCCACAUGGUUUUGAAGUUUUUGCACCUGCUAAACCAAAAAUAACAGACUUUUUAAAAACUUUGAAUUGUAUGCCUCAUUUAACAACUUUAGACUUAUCAGGUAAAGAUGAUAUAAAUCCGAAAGAUUUAAAAAAUUUCAUUGCAUCACAUGUACGUUUGAGAUUUCUGGGAUUAGUACAUUCUGAUGCUUGUUACGAUGAAAGUUUUAUAGAUUCAACACAUAAGGAUUAUAGAUCUGAACUUGUUAUCAGUGGUACAGCAACAGAAUCUCAAAUUUUGGAAGCUCUUAGGAGGUAUACAUACAGACCAAUAUAUCUUCAAAAAUGUCUAUUUAACUUAUUCCGUUUGACACCAAAUUUUCUUGAACCACGAGUUGAUGUGAUAAAAUUAGUGUUACCUGGAAUGAAAGAACAUCCACAGGAAUUUCGUGUACAAAUGGCAGCUACUGCGUGUAUCUAUAAUCUUACAAAGGGUGAAUUAGCUCUUAUGAUUCAUCCAUCAAUACUUAAACAAAUAGUCGAAUUAACAUUAUUAGCAAUGGAAUCAUAUCCAACUAAUCAUCAACUUCAAAAGAAUACAUUAUUGACCCUGUGUAGCGAUAGAAUUCUGCAGGAUGUUGCAUUUGACAAAUAUAGAUGCGCGAGAUUAGUUAUGAAUUGCUUGUCAACAUUUGAUGAUGCAUCCAUGAAUCGUAUGUCUGUGGCUAUUUGCUCGAUAUUAGCAGCAAAAAUAUCAACAUUGGAAACGUCUAUGCUUGGUGCACAGCCGCAAUAUAUGUUGAAAUUGCUUGCAAUGGUUAGAUCUAAGGUUGAAUCCAAAUUAGUAGAUAUUACAAUGAAAUUUACAUUAAGCGCUCUUUGGAAUUUAACGGAUGAGAGUGCUGCUACAUGCAAGGUUUUUCUUGAUGAAGGUGGAAUGGAGUUAUUUCUUGAAGUGUUGGAUAGCUUCCAAGGAGAAUCUAGUGUGGAAACUAAAGUUCUUGGUUUGUUAAACAACAUAGCAGAGGUCGAUCAUUUAAGACCACGACUUAUGCAACCUCGGUUUAUAAAAAUGCUUUCUAUGCUGCUUGAUUCCGAGCACAUUGAUGUAUCUUAUUUCGCAGCUGGUAUCGCUGCACAUUUACUUAGUGAUGGUCCUCGAUCUUGGUGUAGUAUGCCAUCACAACCGAGCAGGGAGCAAUUAUUGGAUCAACUGGUUCAUGCUGUAACUCAUUGGCAAACACCACAAGGAGAAAUGGUUGCUUAUCGUAGCUUCCAACCAUUUUUCCCAUUGUUACGUUGUACAGAUGCAUAUCCCGUUCAACUCUGGGCAGUAUGGGCAAUUCAUCACGUGUGCACAAAAAACCCAAAACGUUAUUGUGUGAUGUUGAUCAGAGAAGGAGGAGUAGAAACUUUAAAACAAUUGGAAAAAACACAUACAGAAUAUACAACACAACCGAAUUUGCAAAGUUUAUGUCAAUCAAUUUUGGAAACGCUUGAAUUAAACUCUUAACGAUAGUUUUUGCUUUCCAAUUUGAAAAUUAAAUACCACAUGGUAUACUAGUCAAUGUUUAUCUUAGUG